AUGAGCAGCAGAAGCUUGAAUUCCCACCAGAAGCUGUCGAAAUCGUGUGAUGUGUGCCGGGCCAAGAAGUUGAAAUGUGAUUCGGGCCAAGAUUGUGGUUACUGUCGAAAGCACGGUCUUGUAUGUGUGUAUUCUCUAGUGAGUAAACCGGGUUUGAAGCCAGGCUAUGGAAAGGAUGUUUUGAGAAGGCUGACGCAGCUCGAAGAUCAGAGUCGCGUUUACGAGCAGCGCUUGAGAGCCAUGGAGCUGCAGCUUAGUCAGCCCCAAAUGCAACAACAGCUCAGUCAGGCCCCCAAACAGCCAAUACAGCCACAACAACAACAACAACUGAUGCCAUCAGAGAGUAGCCAACAGUUAACUCUACAGAUGACUCACACCGUACAGGUACAGCAGCCUCCCACACAAAUAGACAUCAAAGACCCUCCGUUCUAUGACGGACUGCCGAGAAUCAGUACGGUUCGCAGACUAAUCGACAUCUUCUUUGUCAGAGUAUUUUCAGUGUUUCCCAUUGUCCAUCCACACUACACAAAGGCAAAGAUCGAACGCUACAUUAAACAUGUUCUAUCGCAUCCUCAGGGACCAACAAAAGAGCCCCCUGUUGUGUCUUUCGCUAUAAUACUGAAUGCUCUUCAGUAUACAUCGCCUGAUCUUGAUAUUAAGCUGACGGCUGCUGAAAAGGAUGACCUAAUCAACAAAUGCAAGGAGAAAAUCAUCUUGGAAUGCUAUGCUAUUUCAUCGAUUCCUCAACUACAGGCCAUCACUUUGAUGGCUUUCCAUAGAGUGGCCAAUGGUAGUGGCACUGAAUCGUGGUCUGUCAUUGGUAUCGCAGCAACGGGCGUAAUCAGUCUAAAUAUGUCGGAUAUCAGACAGAGAAUACCUACACUUCCUUCUUCCUAUAGGGACGGCCAUUCACCUGCAUCUACGGGUUCUGUUUCGUCGACUAAUACGAAGGUGAUCCGUACUAAGAGAGCCAAAAUCUUGAAAGAACCUGUAGAUUGGUUGGACGAAGAAGAUAGAAGAAGAUUGGUUUGGGGUAUUGCCAUAUUGGAUGUGUUUAGCUCCUUUGCUUCUGGUACCCCCUUGCGAAUUCCUAACUCAGAGAUUCAGUUUUCAGCGCCUUUUUCUACUACUGCUUGGCUAGAAAGCAGAAGAAGUAACGGCGCACUGUUCCCCAGUGGCAGCGAUAAGGACGGACAAGAUUUCUACGAUGCCUUUAGUUACUAUACACAAAUCAUAAAGAUUUUUAGAGGAGUUCAUUCUUUUUUGGCUCAGCCUCGUGAUAUCAGCGAUAAGGGUGCCGUUGGUGAAUGGUUUGUAUCAUUCCAUCAGAUAGAAACAGAUAUUCGUGAGUGGAAGGAUAGAUUACCUUUGAAAUAUAAGCUUCUUUUGAAUUCUAACGUGCUAGAUAUUCGUGGUUCAGGAGCAGAACUAUCUAGCAUGGUCUUGUUACACUCUGCCUAUAAUAUUGCCUUGAUAAAAAUGCACAGUGCUUAUGGUUACCCCCAUCUGGAGUCUUAUGCGUUUAAGCAUUCAGAGCUGUCUAGGAAAAUAUGUACAUCUUCGGUGGACAGCAUCUCAGCAUUGGCAAAGCAAAUAAUGGAAUACGAGAGCGAGAAUGGUGUCAAGUUGUUGGAGUAUCUUGGUCCUCACUAUGGAUUCAAUAUCUGGGUCUGUUCGAGAUUGCUCAUUGCAGACAGUAUCUUCAGUCAAAAAGAUGGCAAGACUAUUGACAAGAAUAGCAUGAAUAUCAAGCUGAAGUUAUUCUGCAACAUUCUCCAGGGAGUUGGAAACUACUGUCCUGCAAUUCAAAAGUACAACAAAAUUUUGAGGCAGUUGAUCAAUCUGAAUAUAUCUGUCAGCAGCGCGGUAUCAGAUACUAGCCCCAAUGACGCUGAAAGUGAAGAGGAUGACGACAAGAUGGCUCCAUCCCAGGCCAUUGCUGACAUGAGAAUCAACACCGAUUUGCUCUCAUUGAUUCUUGCGAACAAACUCGCCGUUCUCGAAGGUCAGUCUACGACUACUCAUCCACCGAGCGCUUCUCAAUCAACCCUUGAUUUGCAAGGGAUGGCUACAAAGUACAUUUUAAGUGACGCAAAUCAGCAGGAGAGCAUGCCAUUGGAGGCAUUUCAGUUUGAUGCGUCAUCAUACGGGUUUGAGGACUUGUUUGGUUACCUAGACAACAAUAUUUCGCAGCAAUGA